AUAAUAAUAUAAAGUCCUCACCUUACAGAUUCCCUAAUUUCAAUCUUUCUUUUCUCCUUUUCCUUCUCCCCACCCUCCAUUCCCCUCCCUCUAUCUCAUCAAACAAAUCUCGUAAAAAAUUGAAGCCGUUAAUUUCCAGAAGGAGAGGAGAGAUCCGGUUAAGUAGAAGAUAAGAUGGCAUCGAAACGGAUCUUGAAGGAAUUGAAAGAUUUACAGAAGGAUCCUCCUACUUCAUGCAGUGCCGGUCCCGUUGCUGAAGACAUGUUCCAUUGGCAAGCAACAAUUAUGGGUCCUCCGGAUAGUCCUUAUGCUGGCGGUGUUUUCCUAGUUACUAUUCAUUUUCCUCCAGAUUAUCCAUUUAAGCCCCCCAAGGUAGCAUUCCGGACAAAGGUAUUCCACCCAAAUAUAAAUAGCAAUGGCAGCAUUUGCCUGGACAUUUUGAAGGAGCAAUGGAGCCCGGCUCUAACCAUAUCCAAGGUAUUGCUCUCUAUCUGCUCUUUGUUGACGGACCCUAACCCCGACGAUCCAUUGGUGCCCGAGAUUGCUCAUAUGUACAAGACCGACAGGAACAAGUAUGAGACGACUGCAAGAAGCUGGACCCAGAAGUAUGCUAUGGGCUAAGGGCUAAAUGACCUGUGGUGUGUGCAAUGGAGGGCCCUUUUUCUUCUUUUCUUUCUCCUAAAGUUCUAUUUAUCGAUGUUUGUUGGUCAAUCUAAACGGGUGAAACUGGCCCAUGCAGGUAUGUUUCUUUCCAUUGAUGUAUGGAUUAAUUUGACCCUCGAUGAAAUGUCUCUAAUUCAGUAUGUCACCAUGUAACUUCUAAAUCUUAUUGGGUUCUCCUGUUUGUAUGAGCAAUUCCUUUCUUCACGUGUA